GCUGGGCCGGGCGCGAGCUGUAGGGAAGGAGUUGGGUAGCGGCCGGGUUUAGUCCGCUCGGGCGGGGCUGAGCCUGGCGCGGGGCAGACCGAGCGCUCCCCCGCCAUGAUCCCCUCCCGCCGCCUGUGAAGGGCCCUGGCGAGCUGAGUCUGCGGGCGGCAGCAGGACCCCGCCCGGCGAGCUGCGCUCUGCGCCCUGCCUCCCUCCCCCGCGCCGGCUCUGAGUAGAGGCUGGCUCCGCUUGGCGGGGGGCGACUCGUUGGAGCUGCCCAGAGCGCGCUGCCCGGCUACAGCUCUCCGGCGCCUCUUUCCCGCCGCCUGGCGAGUUUGGCGCUGCUGGCCAGUGAGGUCUGGGGCCCCUUUGUCCAGCCAUGAGGAGCAGGAGUAACUCCGGGGUGAGGCUGGAUGGCUAUGCCAGGCUGCUGCAGCAGACCAUCCUCUGUCACCAGGACCCGGUGACAGGAUUGCUCCCAGCCAGCAGUGAUCAUAAAGAUGCCUGGGUCCGGGAUAACGUCUACAGUGUGCUGUCCAUGUGGGGCCUGGGCUUGGCGUACCGCAAAAAUGCAGACCGUGAUGAGGACAAGGCAAAGGCAUACGAACUGGAGCAGAGUGUAGUGAAACUGAUGCGGGGAUUGCUGCAGUGCAUGAUGAGACAGGUGGAUAAGGUGGAGGCAUUCAAGUACAGCCAGAGCCCCAAGGAUUGUUUCCAUGCCAAGUACAACACCCACACCUGUGCCACUGUGGUUGGAGAUGACCAGUGGGGUCACUUGCAGUUAGACGCCACAUCAAUUUACCUGCUCAUGUUGGCACAAAUGACAGCCUCUGGGCUUCACAUUAUCUACAGUCUGGACGAAGUCAAUUUCAUACAGAACGUUGUGUUUUACAUCGAAGCAGCGUAUAAAACUGCAGACUUCGGGAUAUGGGAACGUGGAGACAAGACGAACCAAGGAAUCACGGAGCUGAACGUGAGCUCAAUCGGCAUGGCUAAGGCCGCCCUCGAAGCCCUGGAUGAACUUGAUCUCUUUGGUGCCAAAGGAGGCCCUCAGUCAGUGAUCCAUGUCCUGACGGAUGAGGUGCAGCAUUGCCAGUCUAUUCUCCAUUCCAUGCUGCCAAGGGCUUCGACUUCCAAGGAGAUUGAUGCCAGCCUCCUCUCAGUCAUCUCGUACCCCGCCUUUGCCGUGGAGGACAGUGAGCUGGUGGAGAUAACGAAGCAAGAAAUCGUUACAAAGCUGCAGGGGCGUUAUGGCUGCUGCCGGUUUCUCAGAGAUGGGUACAGGACCCCUAGAGAGGACCCAAAUCGCCUCUAUUACGAGCCUGCUGAGCUGAAGCUCUUUGAGAACAUUGAGUGCGAGUGGCCUUUGUUCUGGACCUACUUCAUUAUCGACGGGCUCUUCAGCGGCAAUGUAGAGCAGGUCCAGGAGUACAGGGAGGCCCUUGAAGGCGUGCUCAUCAAGGGGAAGAAUGGAGUUCGCAUGGUACCGGAGCUGUACAGUGUCCCUCCCAAUAAGGUGGAUGAGGAGUAUAUGAAUCCCCACACUGUCGACCGGGUCCCUAUGGGCAAGCUGCCCCACAUGUGGGGCCAGUCCCUCUACAUCCUGGGGUGCCUGAUGGCAGAGGGAUUUCUGGCUCCAGGUGAAAUUGAUCCCCUGAAUCGCAGGUUUGCUACUGUCCCGAAGCCAGAUGUGGUAGUCCAAGUGUGCAUCCUAGCCGAGACAGACGGCAUCAAGGCCAUUCUGAAGAAGCAGGGCAUCGAGGUGGAGACAGUGGCGGACGUGUACCCCAUCAGAGUGCAGCCGGCCCGGAUCCUCAGCCACAUCUAUGCCAGACUGGGUCGCAACAAGCAAAUGAACCUGAGUGGACGACCCUUCCGUUACAUGGGAGUCCUGGGCACAUCCAAGCUCUAUGACAUCAGAAAGAACAUCUUCACCUUUACACCCCAGUUCAUCGAUCAGCAGCAGUUCUACUUGGCCCUGGACAACAAGAUGAUCGUGGAGAUGCUGCGGACAGACCUUUCCUACCUGUGCAGCUGCUGGAGGAUGACUGGACGGCCGACAAUCACCUUCCCCAUCUCGCAAACCAUGCUCGAUGACACUGGAACCAGCAUCCACCCAACGGUGCUGGCAAUGCUGAGGAAGCUGAAGGAUGGGUAUUUUGGUGGGGCGAGGACCCAAACGGGUAAGUUGUCUGAGUUCCUGACAACUUCGUGUUGCACGCACCUCAGCUUCAUGGAUCCUGGUCCAGAGGGUAAGCUCUAUGCCGAUGAUUACGGGCUCAGCAUUGACAGCUACAGUGAGCUUGAUCCUGAGGAGUGGCUGCAUGGCUUUCAAUUAGCGAGUGACGCUGACGUUUGUGACGAAGUGGCUCAGUAUUUAGAUCACCUUUUGGAGCACACAGCUCCCAAGGCCGCCCAGAAGGGAGGGCUGCAUCGCUUCCGAGCUGCAGUGCACACCACUUGUGACCUCAUGUCCCUGGUGUCCCAAGCCAAAGAGCUGCACGUACAGAAUGUCAACAUGUACAUCCCGUCCAAGCUGUUCCAGGCCUCCCAGCCUUCAGUGCACUUGCUGGGCUCCACCCAUACACCCGAACAGGACAGCCAGAUUCCCUCGCUCCACACCAUGGUGAACCUUCCUCGAGACAAGGCUGGAAACGUGGACUGCAAGGCCCUGGUGGAUCAGCUGCGAGAGUGCCCCACCCUACAAGAGCAGGCUGACCUUCUCUACAUGCUCCACACCCUCAAGGGGCUUGACUGGGACCUGGAGAUCGAUGGCCAACCUGGUGCUACGGUCAAGGACCUCCUUACUGAGCUGUAUGUCAACGUGGGAGCUACCCGACAGUGGGCCCUGAUCCGCUACAUCUCCGGGAUCUUGAAAAAGAAGGUGGAAGCUCUCGAUGAGGCCUGCACUGACCUCCUCUCUCAUCAGAAGCACUUGACAGUGGGGCUUCCUCCAGAGCCUCGGGAGAAGACUAUCUCUGCCCCCGUCCCGUAUGAGGAGCUCACCCGCCUGAUUGACGAAGCCAGUGAGAAGAACAUGAGCGUCUCGAUCCUGACUCAGGAAAUCAUGGUCUACCUGGCCAUGUACAUACGUACCCAGCCCGCCCUCUUUGCUGAGAUGUUCCGCCUGCGCAUUGGGCUUAUCAUCCAGGUGAUGGCAACGGAGCUGGCACAUUCCCUGCACUGCUCAGCUGAAGAAGCCACCGAGAGCUUGAUGAACCUCAGUCCUUCAGAUAUGAAGAGUCUUCUACACCACAUUCUCUCUGGCAAGGAGUUUGGAGUGGAGAAGAGCGUGCGUUCUGUUGAUUCAGCCCUAACCCCUGCUAUUUCCAUCCGCGAGGUUGGCGCCGUCGGAGCAACUAAAACAGAGCGAGCUGGGAUAGUGAAGUUGAAGAGUGAGAUCAAACAGCAACUGGAUAAACGUAGGCAGUCUCUGAGGGACAGUAAGUCUUGUGGCUUCCACUCUCUGGAGAUGGAUUCAGGAUCUCCUCUGAGUUCUGGAAACUCCUUCUUGCCUGCUGGAGGAUCCUUUGCUAGCAUGCUGGAAGAUCAGGUCUCCAGAGAUGGCCGCCAUGGCCAGUGGCAGCGGAGAAGGCGGCUGGACGGAGCUCUCAACAGGGUCCCGGUGGGGUUCUACCAGAAGGUCUGGAAAAUCCUGCAAAAGUGCCAUGGCCUCUCUGUGGAGGGCUUUGUCCUUCCAGCCUCAACAACCAAAGAGAUGACUCCUGGGGAGAUCAAGUUUUCAGUCCAUGUGGAGUCCGUCUUAAACCGUGUCCCGCAGCCAGAAUACAGGCAGCUCCUGGUAGAAGCCAUCCUUGUCCUGACCAUGCUGGCAGAUGUGGAAAUACACAGCAUUGGGGGCAUCAUUGCAGUGGAAAAGAUUGUGCACAUAGCAAAUGACUUAUUCUGUGAAGAACAGAAAGCACUGGGCGCUGAUGACAACAUGCUGCAGAAGGAUCCUGCCACAGGCAUCUGUACCUUGCUAUAUGACAGUGCCCCUAGUGGCAGGUUUGGCACCAUGACCUACCUCUCCAGAGCAGUGGCAACGUAUGUGGAGGAGUUCCUCCCCAGCAGUGGCUGCACCAUGCAAUAGACCCAUCUGGGCUUGCAGCUGGAGUUUACAAACUGCCUUGGGUUACCUUUUAGAAGUCAAUGGCAGGCGUUAAGCUGGCUUGCUGGUAGACUGUCUCCAUGCCAUGACAACUUGUUGAAUUCAGGGGUGGAACCUACCAUCUCCUAGCGUCACCCUGGGGAAAAAAAACACCCUGCUUGCAAUAGCUGUUCUCAGCAGGGGGCAUGUGUCUCUGCUGACGCCAAGUGAUGUUUCAGGAGAGCAUGUUUGUGUGAUUAAACCAUGGCUGUGUUUGCAUACAGCCAUCCCAGCUGUUCCCUGGCACUGAAUCCAGGACCAGGCUCACAUGGGAGAGGCCUCUGCUGAGGGUCCCGGGGUCUGAUCCCUGCUUGGGUAUGGGAUAUCUGUAUGUGUGUUACAAGUCAGCGCUUGGGGUGGGUUUCACUCAGUGAGGUGGUGAAUGGGGGAGGGCUCUGCAGAUGCACACUGUGGCACUCAGGCUGGUCUCACCUCACUGGCUUCCCUCCAUUGUGUUUUGGGUUUUGAACAGGCUCUUGCCGCUUUAGCCCCAAUGUGUGUGGAAUUUUGAAGAAGGGUUUUAUAAACUGAAUGGUAGCUUACCCUGUUGUCAUAGGGGCGUGGGCCCCGAGCAGACCAUGCUGGCAUUAACUUGCUGAGCAACCCAAACCUAAUCCCUGCACUCUGCCCCGUUAGUCCCACAGGCUUCUUCCCACAGUGCAGUCUGGACCUCUCUGCUCUUCUGCCCCCCAGAGCUGUGAAGCUUUCAGAAACCAGGCAGAAUCACUUUAAAGGGCAGGUGUAUUGAGACCCUGAACCACUCCCCUGUCUGCUGGGAGCCGUGAAAGAGAGUGCUGAUUCUAGGCACUUUUGGCUGUCUCUCCAGCCCCAUCCUACACCAUAUUCAGCCAGGCUUUGACGUGCUGUGUUCCUGCUAAUCAGGCCUGUUGUCGACUCACCCUCCUGGAGUACCCCUUGUGGCCUGGGGUGGCAUUUUGGUGACUCCGUCUCUCUCCCCUCAUCAGGACUUCAGUGGGGACAUGGCCCUCUGCCCAGGCUGCUCUGUUGCUCCUCCUCUUGUGGGGUAUCGGUGUCACCAAUAAAUCCUAUCUGACAGAAUACAGGCAAUGAACAAGUCUUCCACCCCCAGCCUCCUCUCCAGUCUCACUUGUUUGCCAGAGCAAUGACUCUGGGCUUCCCCCCAGAACCCCUCAGCAAAACCCAAACACCAGCUGACAUACAAACCCAGCAACUUCUGCCCAGCCCCAACUUGAGCUUGUAGCCAGGUUAGGUUUUCCCUGGUGCUCCAUUCUUCUACCCAACAGCAACCCCCACAAGGGCUGCCUCCCUGGAGUCCUGCCCCCUUUCCUAGGCCCACCACAAGCAUGAACUCCACUCAUGGCCCUUUCCCACCAUACUCCUCCUGCCCGGCUCCUGCAGAGAGGGCCUCCAGACAACCUCUCCUGACUCUCCCUCCCUCCGUGGCACUGACCUCCUCCUCCAGCCUGGCCCCCUUGCAGUUGUAACACAGUGGGGCCCCUUUGUAGUGGGGUGUGGCUUAUGCACCCCCUCAAGGCUGUGUCCAGCAUGGUACAGAUGGUUUCCGUCUCUGAGGUGCAGGACCUGGGCACACAGGGUGUCCAGCUCCUCCUCACACUCACUCGUUGUCAGGAGCUGACAGUCCCUACCCUUCAAGGCCUCACAGAGCAGUUCUCCCUUUCACAGCACCUGCUCCGAUGCCAGCAGCUUCUUUUACACAUUCUCUGCCACUGUGACCAUAUGCUUGCACUCUGUCCUGUUCAGUGCCUCUGCAGUAAGGGCCUCAGUCUUUUCACCUAGCCCCCUGCAAGCUGCUAAGAGUUGGUAGUCACCAGCACUUCCCCCGUUUUAUUUGAGGCAGUGUCAGAGUCCCCGCUGCAGGCUAUUCAGCCUCUCAUGUGGGCUCCGCUCCCUUGUGCUCAUCUCAGCCCAGAGGGAAACCUGCUUCUGCCCCAGCUGUUGCUGCUGCUUCCAGUGUUCUGCCCCUGCCUUUGCCUAGGCUCGUUCUUGUCUGGCCACUUGGGCCAUCACCUCUUGCCAGGCAGUGCCUGUUUCCACUAGCUGUCACUUACAGGCUUUCAGCUGGCCAGGCAGAAUCUGCAGGUGACUGAUGGCUGCUGGCUGGCUGCUUUCAGCAGCCUCCAGCUGGGUUUCUACCAUCUUUGAGUCCUCCCCAGCCUCAGCAGUCCUGGGCUGCAGCUCUUCAUUCACCCUAGCCCUUCCCUUCCUUUGCAUCAUCAUCUUCUGUACCAGGGUUGGGAAUGCCCACCAAUCCCUCCCCAGGAUCGCAGGCUGAGGAAGAGUCUUGACUGCUCCAACCUGUAUAUGCCACCCCUGGCCCCGUACCUCCAGCUCUAGUCGGUCGUGGACCCCCCACCCCGUCUUCCUGGACACGAGAUGUGCACUGGCAGGUGUUUGGUCCAUGUUUCUUCAGCCCAGCAUUUGUCCACACCCUGAACCCACCAGGACAUCUACUGCCACUCCUCCCCCUUAGGUAGCCCUGCGUGUGGUAGCUUUUUAACCUUAUCCAGGGAGGACCCUGCUGUACAAACUUCAGUGUAAUAAUUAAUGUAUCUGUGCUCCAUCAAUGGACAGUCCCUCCUAAAGCAUCCUGGCUUGCUGCACUGACUUCCUUGGCUGCCCCCAGAGGAGCUCCGUUUGACUGAGGGACUAACCGGAAGGCCGGUAGAUCUGGAGUGCCCUUGAGAAAACGUCCUCAGUUUCCUGGUAACUCUCCCAUUGACGCACCUCGUCCACCUGUCUCCCCUGCUGGGACACUCCUAGUCUGGCUCAUCGUUCAGGCUUGGCCCUCUCGGCUUCAAAACAGGCUUUGGUAGGGUUGCCAAUUUUGGUUGGAUGUAUUUCUGGAGGUUUCAUCACAUGACGUAAUCUCUAAUUCCUGGUGACUCCAGGACAGAUCUGGCAGGUUGGCAGCUCUAGGCUUUGGCCUGCUCUCAUCUCGCCUACUGAUGGAGGCCAGAACCAUCUUACCCCACUUCGGACCCCUCAGGGCACGAGCUGUAGAAAUUGCUGCAGGACCACAUGGUCCAUGACUCUUUUCCACUGAGCUGGUCAAGGCACAGCCACCAGGAUGCGAGAUCCUGCAAGCCUUGUGCCAUUACUUGUGGCAGAGAUCCCCCCGGGGAGGGCUGGCUCCAGAACCAGAGCUGAUACGCUGCUAGAGUCAGUCCUAGCCUGUUCAAAAUGGCAGUCUUUGCCAGCCAGUUCUGCCUUACAUCGCAGUAUGCAGCCUGAGCCUCUCCUGUCACAAAAAGAGUACUUCACUUGAAGCUGUAGCUCAUGAAAGCUUAUGCUCAAAUAAAUUGGUUAGUCUCUCUAAGGUGCCACAAGUACUCCUUUUCUUUUUGCGGAUACAGACUAACACGGCUGCUACUCUGAAUCCUGUCACAAAGGGCAUCAUGGGGCUGCCCAGGCUGAUCCCUCCAGCUGGCCAUGCUGGAGUUUGCUGGAAUGCCUCCCCUGGCUUCAUCAAACCAAGGACCAACUGUCCUGACUUGUGCUCCCUUGGCCCAGCCGGACUUCCCAGAGCCCCUGGGCCCAGCUGCUUCUUGCUGCUUGUAUUGAGCCUUGUGCCACUGCUGUUGGGUGGCAAAUGGUGCUUCCUGCUGGUUGUCCUAGUUGUAGGAGUAGCACCUGAGCGUGCCAUGGCUGCUGUUGUAGUGCAGCCGUCUGCAGCUAUUGCUGGGCCACCGCCAGCAGAUGUGCCAGCCCCACUCUUCUUUCCCUUCCCAAAUACCGGGCCAGGUCCCUCUGGCCCUAUUUCAGAGGCUGAUCAAGGUGCUCACAUGCUCUGUGUUCUAUCGCAGACACACCAUUCUGGAGCACCCCCUUGUGGCAUGACAUGGCAUUUCAGCGACUUGGCCUCACUCUUGCCCCUCUGGGCUUCAGUGGUCUGGUGCAGUGGGGCCGUGGUCCUCUGGCCAGGCCAUGCUAUAGUUCCACCUCUUCUGGGAAAUCUGUGUCCCAAACAAAUAUUAUCUGAUAGAAUAAUGGCAAUGCACACGUGUUCCACCCUGCAGGCUCUUCUUCAGGCUCUCAUUUGCCAGAGCAGUGACUCUGGGCUUCUCUCAGGAGCCCCUCAGCAAAAUCUAACACCAGCUAAAAUACAAACUCACUUCUGCCCAGCCCCUGCCUGGCUCUCAGCAGCUCUCACCUUCCACAGUCUGGAAUCUGCCUGGAGAAAGGGUCCACCCUGGCAUGAGUUCUUAGCCCAUUUUAGGUUCUUCCCCAAGUGUGACCCCCUGCAGGUGUAACCCUGCGGGGCUGUUAGAGCUCUCAGCUGUAACUAAACCUUCUUGGUUGGUGUGAGAUCUGCAUCCCAUCCCAUCCCCAUUCAUCUCUCCAGGUGAAACCAGCAGUAAAUUAACUGCUUCCCGGUCACUGCAGCAGUGGACCAUGAUGGCGCUGGUCCUCCCUUGCAUCCCCAGUACCUGGGUGGAGUGUGUUCACCUCUCAGAGAGCUGGCUGCUGACUCCAGAUCCUGAAUUUUACCAGUUAGUGAUGGUAUCUGCUGCAGAGCUCUUUGGGGGUUUAAAGAACCAUAUGAAUCUGCACUAGAUCUAACAGGCUAAACCCUUCACAAAGUAGGUCAGUGCCGCACAAACCAGGUCAGUGCAUGAGCAAACAUCUCUUGCAGUGUGUGGAUUUCUCUGCUGGCUUCACCAGAGCUUUUUCCUAAGGCAGCACUGUGGCUAAUAGAGUGAAAUGGUUUUCCUGUGUGUGUUCAGUAGCUGAUGUCUUCAUUUCUUUGCCUUUAACAAAGUGUAUGCUCCCUGGAGGCAUUGGGUGCAUUGUCCUCAUUGCACAGACACAACACUAGGAAAAUCUCCUAGGUGGUCAAAUUCUUUUUUUCCAUCUUAACUUCUUUCCUCCCACAGCCCCCCAGCCACAAAUGAACUCCCCCAUCUGAUCUUUCAAUACCAUCAGAACAUCUGAAGCCAUGGGUGUUAGCGCUGUGUGCGCAGUAGGGGUUCCUGACAGCUCCAUGGAAAGGGAAGCUAGGGUAUCUGCACUGCCCAGAAACCACCUACCCCUCCCACCCUUUUCACAUAAUAAAAUAACCCUAAACAGGGAAGUAAAAGCUUCUGUUACACUUAGGCCAUAGACUACCUGGUGCUUUCUAAUUGUCUGUCAGAGAAUGAUCCUGAAUGCCAUAGACGUGGCUGGUUCUCAUUUAUGCACGUCAAGUUCCUUUCUUGGUUGGGAGUAGUUGACCCGUGUAUGCGCUAUGCAGGCUGCUGUAGGGGUGAUCGGAGAAUGUAAUCAAAAACCAGCUUCUCAUAGUGCCAGAGAUUUUUACCCACUAUAGAAGGUUACAGUGAAUGUAUAAGGGGGAGCCUCUCCCAUUUGAAAUGGUUCUAUAUGUAGGAUGACCACACUGUAGUACCAUGAUUAGUGUCCUCUAGCAAUACAGAAGGAGCCCUCCAUCAACUGGUGGUCUAACACUUGCAGAUACGACACUGACUGCCUCAGAUGGGGUAUCAGUGAUGGGGAUUGAAUCUGGGACCUCUGGAUCUUAAUGCAGGAGUGCCUACUGGCUUAUUAACUAUGUGGCCUGGCCACCAGUAGAAAGGGACAGAGCACCAUUGGCUGUCCGUGGGUGGGGACGAAACUACUACAAGCUCCUUGGCUGCACUUCUGCAUUAAGAUCCAGAGGUCCCAGAUUCAAUUCCCAUCACUGAUAGCCCCUAUGUCAAAAAUCAGAUGGGGUCUGAACUGUCCAUCCCACCACCACCGUCUUGGCUUCAUAGCUUCUGAUCCAAGUCCCCUGAAGGUCUGGGACUGACGAACUAAUGGUCCAGUGUAAGAUUGGGGCUGAGGAACAACAUGUAUAUGUAAAACCCUGUGUUCCCUUUGCAAGGGGAAAGUGCUGCACAGCCACUGCUGAAGGCAGAGUUUGAGGUACUUGGCACCUAAUACACACUGGCAAUGAGGCUCCCAUUGCAGGAUGCCAGGAAUCAGAUCUCCUGCUCUGGGGCUUCUGUUUAGCUGCAUUUUUAUUGGGGGGGUUUCUCUUAAAAUUUGCUUUUGGAGAGUGCCUGCCUAGAGAGCAGGGUCUGAGCUGCACCUCCAUAGCAGGCAUGAAGCGCUGAAGCCUUGUAAACCCAGCUGAGGGUAGGUAAUACCCAGUUGAGUAGGUAGAUAGGGUGUUCCAGUGCAGGGCUGCUUGCUGCACUCCACUUUUAUGGUUUACUGACUGUAACGCAGUUGCACUCUCUCACUUAGCCACGUAACAUUUUCAGACUCCAUUUCCUAGAUCUCACCUUUGUUUUCAGGGUGUGAGGGCUGAGAGGCACAUAAACAUUAGUCUUUUUUUCUAAUAAAACAAAAAAAGGCAAAACUUGACUGAAGCCUGAAAAGCUAGAAUAAAAUGCCUCUAUUUUCAA